AUGAUCUCCUCAUCAUCAUGCUUCAAUGCUUGUGGAGACCAGCAGCCAUCCGCAUUUCAGAGUCACUUCAUGGCCGAUCGUGGUGGUAUAAAUAGUUCCAGGAAGAACGACAACGAUGUGGAAGCAAGCCUAGUGCAAGGAAUGAAGAACCUUACCUUUGAUCAGCUCCAACGGGAACAAGAAGAUUUUCAUGGUGUUGCAGAUUACGGUGCUGCUCAUCGAGAACAAGACCCGAAAGCCAUUGGCGAAUUACUUCAGUCGCUGGAUGCUCACUUGGCAAGAAUUAAACCAGGGACCAUUUAUGAAACAGCUUGUAUGAAAGACCCCGCGUAUGUUUCGAACAGAGACUUUCGAAUGCUCUUUCUGAAAGGAAAUCGAUACGACCCAAAGUCAUCUGCAGAGCAAAUGAUCCGGUAUUUUGAUGUCAAGCAUAAUUUAUUUGGUGACGAAUGCUUGGUUCGAGAUAUCACAACCCAAGACUUGACUGAAGAUGACAUUGCAUCUGUCAUGGCUGGCGGUGUACAAAUGUCAAGCUGCACGGACAGUUCGGGACGUUUGAUUUCCUGGGGGUUUCCAGGGGUACGAGUAAUAGACCAUGUCCCGAAGAAGAACAAGCUCCGUCAUAUAUUUUACUAUGGUAUGGACCUGGUAUCAUCGGCUGAAGACACGACGAAAGGAAUCGUUUUGGUGUCCUAUCAGGUUGGCCAGUAUCGAGAAAGCAGAAUUGAUCAUGACUUGCAUUAUGAAGUGAUGCAGUUGGCAUUGGCGCUCCCAUUUAACAUUGCUGGGUAUCAUUUUUGCUUUAGUGACAGGGCACACUGCAUGCUUGCUCACACGGCUGUCAGUUUGAUGCCGUCUCAUCUGCGUGCCAAGACCCGUAUCCAUUUUGGCACCCACUUUGAGUGUCAGUACUUGUUGUCCACCUAUGGUAUUCCCCGCGAAGCCUUCCCGUUCAAACACCCAAGUAAUGAAUUGGAUUUGACCUGGCAAAAGUAUUGGUUCCAACAAUGUCAGGAAAGAGAUCAACGAAAGCUGCAGCUUCAGGCUAGCAGGGAACAAUCAUUAUCACCACAAUCACUGUCAUCCACAACAACAACAACAACCUCAUCAACAACAGCAAGGCAAAAGGAAAUCGACAAGCACAUACAGUAUUUAAGUAGCCUUUGGCAAGGCGAGACUCCAAGCGAUGAUGAUGUUCUGUGUGUCGGUAGAAAAGUUAAUGGAAAGGGGAACGAACGGUACAUGGCACUGGCCGUCUUGCACGCCGAUGCCUAUGACAAUGGCAGUCCGAAAGAACGACGAGAUGUCAUGGAUUCCAUCAUGAAGGAAGUCAAGAAACAUGGUCGCUUUUUGAAACUAGAUACCCGUUCGGAAUCAUCCUCCGUUGGUUGGAUCCAAGUCUCCGACAAGGAAAUGCGCUACAAAAUUGCCCAAACCUUUCGCAACCUCAAGUACCGACGGGGUUCUUCCAACACAGCACAAUCCCGCGCCAUUCUCGAAACACCCGGAGGCGCGGAAGCCAUGGAAUCCUUGGGUCAGCCGUCAUCUGCAGUAUCAUCUAGUAGAGCCAACCACGGCAGCAGCAACAUUCAAAUUGUCCAUCAAUAUACACCCCGCGAUGUCUUGUUUGGUCGAAUGAAGAAUCACACUGGCAAUCAACGAUUGAGAGAACUAGUCCAGAAUGUCGCCUCCGAGUACGAUGUUGCCAAUCGUGGAGAGAAACUUCGAUUGGCCAAUCAACUCAUGGAAAGUGUCAAAAGGGAAGGGGGCCGCUUCUUGAAGCCAUUGGAUUCGAAUGCCAGCCAAUGGGAGGUCGUUGCUGACAAGGAGGCAGUCAAAAAGGUGGGCGCUCAUUUUCGCAACUUUCGAAGGAAGCAGUGGCGAUAG